UUCAUGUGAAUGUUUCCUCUCUGUGUCUCUGAUACAUUUUACCUUGCAGGUUAGAUUCUAGAAGGAGAGCUCUUUUCAAAGGAAACCGUUAUGGAGAGUGGUGGCUCAAAGGUGCUGGAGACAGCAGAAGAAAUCCAGGAGAGGCGUCAGGAGGUGUUGGCUCGGUAUCAGAGGUUCAAGGAGCUGGUUGCUGAGAGGGGGCAGAAGCUAGAAGAGUCCUAUCACUACCAGGUGUUUAGACGGGAUGCAGAUGACCUGGAGAAAUGGAUCUUGGAGAAACUCAAGAUUGCAGGCGACAAGAACUAUGAAGAUCCAACAAACAUACAGGGAAAAUAUCAGAAGCAUGAAUCCUUUGAAGCAGAGGUGCAAGCAAAAUCAAGGGUCAUUCCUGAGCUGGAAGAAAUCAGGAAAGUUCGAUUUGCUGAGGGUCAUUUUGCCCAUGAGGAUACCAAGGUCCACCUGGAAGAGCUGCGGCGCCUAUGGGACCUGCUGCUGGAGCUGACUCAGGAGAAGGGCACCCUGCUACUGCGUGCCCUGAGGCUCCAGCAGUACCUGCAGGAGUGUGCAGACAUCCUGGAGUGGAUCGCAGACAAGGAGGCAAUAGUGACAUCGGUGGAGCUGGGUGAUGACUGGGAGCGCACAGAGGUUCUGCACAAGAAGUUUGAAGAGUUCCAGGUGGACCUGGCAGCUCGAAAGGGCAGAGUGGAUGGAGUAAACCAAUAUGCCAAUGAGUGUGCUGAGGAGAACCACCCUGAGCUGCCCCUGAUCAAGUCAAAGCAGGACGAGGUGAAUGCUGCCUGGGGGCGUCUCCACGGCCUGGCCCUCCAGCGACGGAAAACCCUAUCCAAUGCUGCAGACCUCCAGAGAUUCAAAAGGGAUGUGAUGGAAGCCAUCCAGUGGAUCAAGGAGAAGGAGCCUCUACUCAUGUCUGAGGACUAUGGCAAGGACCUCGUGAGCUCCGAGGCUCUGUUCCACAGUCACAAGGGACUCGAAAGGAACCUUGCUGUCAUGCACGACAAGGUAAAAGAGCUAUGCGCCAAAGCAGACAAGCUGAAGAUUUCCCAUCCUUCAGAUGCCCCUCAGAUCCAGCAGAUGAAAGAGGAUCUCACCUCCAACUGGGAGCAUGUUCGUGCCUUGGCCACCAGCAGAUAUGCAAAGCUGCAGGCCUCUUACUGGUACCAGCGGUUCUUGUCUGACUAUGAGGAGCUCUCAGGCUGGAUGAAGGAGAAGACCGCACUGAUCAACGCUGAUGAGCUGCCCACGGACGUGGCUGGUGGGGAAGCCUUGCUGGACAGACAUCAGCAGCACAAGCAUGAGAUUGACUCUUACGAUGACCGUUUCCAAUCUGCGGACGAGACUGGACAAGACCUGCUGGAUGCCAAUCACGAGGCCUCCGAGGAAGUUCGGGAAAAGAUGGCCAUACUUGCCAACAACUGGGCAGCUCUGCUGGGACUGUGGGAUGAGCGCCAGCGUCAGUAUGAACAUUGCUUGGACUUGCACCUCUUCUACCGUGACAGCGAGCAAGUGGACAGCUGGAUGAGCAGACAAGAGGCCUUCCUGGACAAUGAGGACCUGGGAAACUCUCUGGGCAGUGUGGAAGCCCUUCUCCAGAAGCAUGAUGACUUUGAGGAAGCCUUCACUGCCCAGGAGGAGAAGAUCACAACGUUGGACAAGACAGCAACGAAACUGAUUGACAAUGACCAUUAUGAUUCCGAGAAUAUCGCUGCUAUCCGGGACGGGCUGUUGGCCCGGCGGGAUGCCCUGCAGGAAAGGGCCGCCAUUCGACGUAGAAUGCUGGAGGAUUCAUUGCUUCUGCAGCAACUGUAUCAAGACUCAGAUGACCUGAAGAACUGGAUCAAUAAGAAGAAAAAGUUGGCAGAUGAUGAAGAUUACAAGGAUACACAGAACUUGAAGAGCCGUGUUCAAAAGCAGCAAGUCUUUGAAGAAGAAUUGGCAGCGAAUGAGAACCUGCUUAAUAACUUAGAGAAAACUGGCCAGGAGAUGAUUGAAAGAGAGCACUAUGCCUCUGAAAACGUGGCAGCUCGUGUGAGUGAGGUUGCCAGCCUCUGGAAGGAACUGCUGGAGACAACAGCUCAGAAAGGGACCCAGCUGCACGAAGCGAACAAGCAACUGCAAUUUGAAAAUAAUGCAGAAGACCUGAGGCGCUGGCUGGAGGAGGUGGAGGGGCAGGUCACCUCCGAGGAUUAUGGAAAAGGUCUGGCCGAUGUGCAGAAUUUACUCCGGAAACAUGGCCUCCUGGAGUCAGCUGUAACAGCUCGCCAGGAUCAGGUGGAUACCCUCACAGACUUGGCUGCUUAUUUUGAAGAAACAGGCCAUCCAGAUGCUGGGGACAUACGGGCAAGGCAGGAAUCCCUGGUUUCCCAGUUCAAUGCUCUGAAAGAGCCACUGGCUGUCCGGAAGAAGAAGCUCAUUGACCUCCUCCGCCUGCAACAGAUCUGUAGAGACACAGAGGAUGAGGAGGCCUGGAUCCAGGAGACUGAGCCCUCAGCAACUUCCACCUACCUCGGUAAGGACCUGGUUGCCUCCAAGAAUCUUCUAAAUAGGCACCAAGUCAUCCUUGCUGACAUUGCCAGUCAUGAGCCACGCAUCCGGGUGAUAACCGAGAGAGGGAACAAAAUGGUAGAGGAAGGACACUUUGCUGCAGAAGAUGUAGCCUCUAGGGUCAAGAGUUUGAACGAGAACAUGGAGUCUCUUCAGGCUCGGGCUGCAAGACGGCAGAAGGACCUUGAGGCCAAUGUCCAGUUCCAGCAGUACCUGGCUGACCUACAUGAGGCAGACGCGUGGAUCAGAGAGAAGGAACCUAUUGUAGACAACACUAACUAUGGGGCUGAUGAAGAAGCAGCUGGGGCUCUUCUGAAGAAGCAUGAGGCCUUCCUAGUGGACCUCAACGCAUUCGGAAACAGCAUGCAGGCGCUACGGGAUCAGGCAGAGGCCUGCCAGCAACAACAGGCAGCGCCAGUGGAGGGAGCAGCUCGAGAGGAGAGGGUGGUGGCCUUAUAUGACUUCCAGGCUCGGAGCCCCCGAGAAGUCACCAUGAAGAAAGAUGACGUCUUAACUCUGCUCAGCUCCAUCAACAAGGACUGGUGGAAGGUGGAAGCAGACGAUCACCAGGGCUUCGUGCCAGCUGUUUAUGUCAGGAAACUGGCCCAUGAUGAGUUCCCUACACUCCCCCAGCGGCGACGAGAAGAGUCAGGCACUAUCACCCAGUGCCAGGAACAGAUCGAGAACCAGUACCACUCCCUCCUCGACCGGGCAGAGGCACGUAGGCGGCAUCUACUGCAACGUUACAAUGAGUUCUUGCUGGCUUAUGAGGCGGGAGACAUGCUGGACUGGAUCCGAGAGAAAAAGGCAGAAAACACUGGGGUGGAACUCGACGAUGUUUGGGAACUGCAGAAAAAAUUUGAUGAGUUCCAGACGGAUUUGAAGACCAACGAGCCUCGAUUGAGGGAUAUCAACAAGGUAGCUGAUGAUCUUCUAUUUGAAGGGCUUCUAACACCAGAAGGAACUCAGAUCCAGCAGGAAUUGAAUUCCCGCUGGGGCUCGCUGCAGAGGCUCGCAGAGGAACAGCGCCAGCUGCUGGGCAGUGCCCACGCUGUCCAGAUGUUUCACAGAGAAGCAGACGACACGAAGGAGCAGAUUGAGAAGAAGUGCCAGGCCCUCAGUGUUGCUGACCCCGGCUCAGACCUGUUCAGUGUCCAGGCCCUUCAGCGCCAGCAUGAAAGCUUUGAGAGAGACCUCAUACCCUUGGGGGAAAAAGUGACUAUAUUGGGGGAGACAGCAGUGCGGCUCAUGGAGUCCCACCCAGACGCCACAGCAGACCUGCAGAGACAGCGUGUGGAGCUGAAUGAGGCCUGGGAUGACCUGCUGGGGCGUACAGAAGACCGCAAGGAGAGCUUAAGUGAGGCCCAGAAGUUCUACCUCUUCCUCAGCAAGGCCAGGGACCUAGAGAAUUGGAUCAGUGGCAUUGGUGCCAUGGUGUCAUCACCGGAGAUGGCUGAGGACUUAACUGGCACAGAGAUCUUGAUGGAGCGUCACCAGGAACAUCGUGCUAACAUGGAGGCAGAGGAUCCCACCUUCCAGGCCUUAGAAGACUUCGGGAUAGAGCUUAUAGGCAGUGGGCACCGAGCCAGUCCUGAAAUUGAGGAAAAGCUUCAAGCUGUCAGGCUAGAGAGAGAUGGUUUGGAAAAGGCUUGGGAACAACGCAAGAAGAUGCUAGAUCAGUGUCUGGAGCUGCAGCUGUUCCAUGGGAACUGCGAUCAGGCAGAGAGCUGGAUGGUGGCCCGGGAGAACAUCCUGCGGUCAGAUGAUAAGGGCUCCCUGGACAGUCUGGAGGCAUUGAUGAAGAAGCGGGAUGACUUGGACAAAGCCCUCGCUGCCCAGGAAAAGAAGAUCUCUGAGCUAGAGCUGUGCGCUGAGCGGCUCAUCGCAGACGACCACUAUGCCAAGGGGGAGAUCGCUGCUCGGCUCCAGCGGGUGCUGGACAGAUGGAAGGCUCUCAAAGCCCAGCUGCUUGCUGAGAGGACAAAACUAGGAGACUACGCUGACCUGAAACAAUUCUACCAUGACCUUGAGGAGCUAGAAGAGUGGAUUAGUGAGAUGCUGCCCACAGCCUGUGAGGAAUCCUACAAAGACCCCACCAACAUUCAGGCAAGUCCACGACAGGAGAAAUACCUGAAGCACCAGACCUUUGAAAAUGAGGUCUACGGCCGAGCUGAGCAGGUGGAAGGCGUCCUCAACCUGGGGAACUCCCUGAUCGAGCGGAGGGCAUGUGAUGGCAACGAAGAGACUGUGAAGGGUCAACUGGAAGAGCUGGAGAAACACUGGGAUUACCUGCUUGAAAGAACAAUUGACAAAGGGCAGAAGCUCAACGAGGCUAGUCGUCAACAGAGAUUCAACACAGGCAUCCGGGACUUUGAGUUCUGGCUCUCAGAGGCAGAGACUCUGCUGGCCAUGAAAGAUCAGGCCAGGGACUUGGCUUCAGCAGGAAACCUACUCAAGAAGCACCAGCUGUUGGAGACAGAGAUGUCAGCCCGAGAGGAUGCUCUCAAGGACCUGAAUGAGCUGGCCACUGAACUGCUGUCCAGUGGAACUUUCAAUGCUGAGCAGAUUGUGGAGAAAAGGGAUAACGUCAACGAGCGCUUCCUCCAAGUCCAGCAUUUGGCAGCCACACACCAUGAGAAACUGAAGGAGGCCCACGCCUUGUUCCAGUUCUUCCAGGACCUGGAUGACGAGGAGUCAUGGAUGGAAGAGAAGCUGGUCCGCGUGAGCUCCCAGGACUAUGGGAGGGACCUACAGGGGGUGCAGAACUUACUGAAGAAGCACAGACGCCUAGAAGGGGAGCUGGUAGCACACGAGCCAGCCAUCCAGAAUGUGCUGGACAUGGCGGAGAAACUGGGGGACAAGGUCACGGCGGGCAGAGAGGAGAUCCGCGAACGCCUGGCUUGGUUCGUUCGACACUGGGAGGAGCUCAAUGAGUUGGCCCAGGCUCGAGGACUGCGGCUGGAGGAGUCCCUCGAAUACUUGCAGUUCAUGGCGAAUGCGGAGGAAGAGGAGGCUUGGCUCAGUGAGAAGGAGGCCCUGGUUGCCCGCGGAGAUUCUGGAGACACCUUGGCUGCUACCCAGAGCUUGUUAAAGAAACACGAAGGAUUGGAUAACGACUUUGCUGUGCACGAGACCCGAGUGCAAAAUGUGUGUGCUCAGGGAGGAGACAUCCUAAGCAAGGGGGACAGCCAGCACCAGGAGAAGAUUUCUGCCAAGAUAGAGGCUCUGAAGGCAAAGACCCCUUCUCUGUCUAAAGCAAUCGCUGUCUGGAAGUUGCAACUGGAAGAUGAUUAUGCUUUUCAGCAGUUCAACUGGAAGGCUGACGUGGUAGAGGCUUGGAUUGUGGAGAAGGAAACCAGCCUGAAGACUGAUGGCAAUGGCGGGGACCUGGGUGCCUUUCUCACCCUCCUAGCAAAGCAGGACACGCUGGACGCCAGCCUGCAGAGCUUCCAGCAGGAGAGGCUGUCUGAGAUAACUGACAUGAAGGACCAGCUGGUGGCUGCCCAGCACAGCCAGACCACGGCCAUCGAGGAACGCCAUACCGCCCUGCUGCGGCACUGGGAGCAGCUGCUGGAGGCCUCCGCCGCUCACAGGCAGAAGCUGCUGGAGAAACGGCUGCCCCUGCAGAAGGCAGAGGAGCUGUUCAUGGAGUUCGCAAACAAGGCUUCAGCUUUCAACAACUGGUGUGAGAACGCCGAGGAGGACCUGUCCGAGCCUGUGCACUGUGUCUCCCUGAACGAGAUCCGGCAGCUACAGAAGGACCACGAGGCUUUCCUGGCCUCUUUGGCGGGAGCCCAGGUUGAUUUCAAACACUUGCUGGAGCUAGACCAGCAGAUUAAGGCCUUGAAUGUGCCCUCCAGCCCUUACACCUGGUUAACUGUGGAGGUGCUUGAAAGGAUUUGGAAGCACCUGCCUGACAUCAUCAAGGAACGGGAGCAGGAGCUGCAAAAGGAAGAGGCAAGACAGGUCAAGAACUUUGAGAUGUGCCAGGAGUUUGAACAGAAUGCCAGCGCCUUCCUUCAGUGGAUCUUGGAGACCAGGGCUUAUUUUCUGGAUGGAUCUUUGCUGAAGGAAACAGGAACUUUGGAAUCCCAGUUGGAAGCAAAUAAAAGGAAGCAGAAGGAGAUCCAGGCAAUGAAGCGCCAGCUGACCAAGAUCGAGGACCUGGGAGACAACUUAGAAGAGGCUCUGAUCCUGGAUAUCAAGUACAGCACCAUUGGGCUGGCCCAGCAGUGGGACCAGCUCUAUCAGCUCGGGAUGCGGAUGCAGCACAACCUGGAGCAGCAGAUCCAAGCCAAAGACACCAUUGGUGUGAGUGAGGAGACACUCAAGGAGUUUAGCACCACCUAUAAACACUUCGAUGAAAAUUUGACGGGGCGUUUGACACACAAAGAUUUCCGGUCCUGCCUGAGAGGACUCAAUUACUACUUGCCCAUGGUAGAGGAGGGUGAACCUGAGCCCAAGUUUGAAAAGUUCCUUGAUGCCGUCGACCCAGGGAGGAAGGGCUACAUCUCACUAGAGGACUACACCUCAUUCCUGAUCGACAAGGAGUCAGAGAAUAUCAAGUCCAGCGAUGAAAUAGAGAAUGCGUUCCAGUCCCUGGCAGAGGGCAAAGCCUACAUCACCAAAGAAGACAUGAAACAGGCCCUAACCCCGGAACAAGUGUCAUUCUGCGCCUCACACAUGCAGCAGUAUGUGGACCCUCGGGGUCGAGGCCACCAGGCCGGCUACGACUAUGUUGGCUUCACCAACUCCUUCUUUGGCAACUGAUAAGAUUUAUAGAAAACCUUUGUGUAGGGGGAACAGA